GAACUCCACAAAGAUGAUGGCUUUAUCCCUGCCUUCCCGUCCAGCCCUGUUGUUCUUAGUAUUGAUGAGUUUGACUCUGAUGACCUCCGCCUUUCCCCAACCUUACCUUCGUCCCCUGCAAAGUAACUUGCGUGCUAUCGGUCAAGAGGAUUCCAAAGGUGAAGAGUGGGAGGUACUCUACCCAUCAAUCUCACUUCGUGAUUGGAGCAUUCAGUUUUUGACUGCCCCAGAUUUUGGUACAGCAAAGGCUGGAACACAACAGCUGGUUGGGGAUGAUUGGCUUCCGCUUAGCCAAUCGCAGAUAGAGGAAGAGCUGGUCAAGAACUGGCAGGGCCAAUGGCCUUCACGGGUUGGUAACCAGCAGAAGAGGAACAUAGUGGUGGCAGACGAUGCUGCAUUUAGAGAGAAGAGCAAGCUUUUGACAGCAAUGGAAAGGCAGAAGUGGCUAAAUUCCUAUAUGCAGAAACUGUUAUUAGUUAAUUCAAAGUGA